GCUGCAGCACAUAUCCUUCGUCUCUCCUUCGUCUCUCCUUCGUCUCUCCUUCCAUUCUUCUCUAAACAUCCUCUCUAUUCUCUUCUACACACCGUACUUGUCAUGGCAGUCAAAUCGCGCGCUAAAAAGGUCAGUCUGUGACAUUUGGCACCCACAAACCUGAAACACGAUCUGAUGGCUGGACAGGUGACAUCCAUUUCGAAAGCUGUUUCGGACGACAUUUGCAUGCGCCGGCUGGACCGGUAUUCCAAGGAAUCAGUCGAAAAGCAAAUAUCCAUACCAGAAACAAUUACCGCUCUGGACACGUAUCCGCCAUUACUAAGGAUUCCAUCUGAAAUUCGGCGCGAAAUUUUAAGAUAUGUACUCCCGUCUUCGAACAAUAGGUUCGUCCUCUACACCGACUGCGACUCGACCGUGAUCAGCAAGAAGUGGAACCGCAAGUGCCGGCCGCACGCUGACAAGCAUCUGAGACUCGAUGUUUUCAGAACCAGUCGCCUGAUCUACCACGAAUGUCUUUCCGUCAUGUACUCCGAAAAUCUAUUUCACUUCUACGCCUUCAAUUAUCUACCCGUUCUAGAUUUCAUACGACAUCUUAGCCCUGAAGCUAAGAGCUUGGUCCGGAAAGUCCGACUUACACCUCUUACGGACAAGCAAAACGAUCCACCAGCAAGCCACGAUAUCUUUUGUACGGUUAUUCACGACUCGUUACCUGGACUCAGCGAACUUCAGGCCGAUCCAGUUGUCUUCUUCUAGUUUUGGUCAUUACCAAAUUUUUACGUUUGUAUACUUCUUUUACACAUAGACCAUGAGCAUUUUGACGAGCGGGCGUUUUCGGUACAAUUUCAAGAGGAUAUGUGGGCGUCGCAGAUGUUUCAAUUGUAAUCCGUUUCCAGCAAUGUCAACGUUGUUCGCCGAAGCUCGUAUUCGGUAAAAGACGUCUCCUCUUCUUUACUUCAGGAUCGACUACAAGACCAGGAUGCGCCUGUCUGAGAGUCAUGAAUUGACUUUCCACUCGCAUACAGUCCGAUACCACAUAUGGCAGCGGCAAUGCAGAAAGUAGCAAAGUUUAACGCCG